AUGAAUCUUGAUUAUUUGGCCCUUAAAAAGUCUCCUUUUUUGAUAAAAAAAUAUGUAAAAAAUAUGCAUAAAUUACCAGCAGAUCUACAAACAAAGGUCGCUUUAUACAAAAUUGUAGAACACGAUAAAAUGAAGUUUUUGCAUUUUAUUCCCGAUUCCCUCUUACAAACUUUAAAAAUACAGAAUGAUAAAAAACUUUAUAGUCUUAAAUACUUUCUUAAAGUAGAAAUUAAUGACAAACAGCUUGAUAAACUUAUCGAUUUAAUAAAUCGACAAGAUCAUCUGGCUAUACUUUACCAUUUAGAUAAAUUAUCUACAGAUAUUUCUUAUGUAUUUGUGUGUAGAAGAAUAUUAAAAAUGCAUAAAUAUAAUGAGUUUAAAGAUAUGAAAAUUUAUCUUAAAAAUAAUAUUUAUGUUCCAAAAAUCGUAGCACGAUUUCUCAAUUUUUACAAAAGAUUUUUACCUCCCAAUUUUGUUGACAUUGUUUUGUCAUCAGGUGUUGAUAUUUCUUAUUUUAUUAAUCUUAUCUCGUCACUACGCCCCGACUUACAGUUUAUUGAUAUUAAAGAGGAUCUAAUGAAAUUUGAUUUGUUUAGGAAUGCAGCUAUUAGUCAAGGAUUUGGUGAAAAUAAGUUUCUUGUAAAAUAUGUGAAAAGUGAUGAUUUUGAAUUUUAUUUAAGAAUGCAUAAUUUAUCUUUAGAUGAAUACAAAAAUAAUGGUAUAAAAAUAGAUCACAACUGGUAUCCACAUAUGAAGAUUUAUAAUUUACUUAAGGGGAUUCCAUGUUUAAUAAAUCCGCAUAAAAAGUAUAAUUCAGUUAAUACUGAGCAGAUAAGUUUAGACAAGGAUACUUUUUAUAAAACAUAUAAAAAAGUUAAUUUAAUGUCAAUGUUUAAUAGAGAUGUAGAUAUUCUUUUAUUAGAAAUUAUUGUUAAUGUUUUGUGCUUUUUUAAUGAUACUACUUCAUUAGAUAAAAUAUUUUACUACAAUAGAAUAUUUAAAGUUUUAGAUGAGUCACUUUAUUUUUCAUUAAUUAAUUUUAACUUGGUUGAUUAUUUAAAAACAAAUUUAGAAAAAAUUGAUAAAAUACCAGAUGACUUUUUAAUUAGAGAUUUUAAAAUAUCUGAUAUUGAAAAAUACGAAUUUACCAACUUAAAGAAAGAAAUGAUUGAUAAGGCUAUUUAUAUUCCUACUGAAGAAUUAGUAAAUAUAAUAACAAAAAAAUUUGAGGAUGAAAGAAAGAUCUAUUAUGAAAUUUUACUUAAACAAAGUUUUAAUCAAAAGUUACAUAAAUGUGAUAUUAAGAUUUUUAACAUUGAAAGUAAUGAUACUAAUUUAAUACAGUAUAAACAAAAUAUUUUAAAAACAAUAGAAUCUGAUUUUAUUUAUGAAAAAUUAAAAAAUACAGAUUUAUUUUUUAAAUAUUGCAUAAAUCACGAAAAAUAUGCAUUGAAGUAUUUGGAAAAUAUUAACUGUCAUGAAUGUACAUUAGAAGAAGGAAAAAAUAUUUUUACAAUAUUAAAUAUUUAUAAAAGUGCACAUUAUAUGAUUUGUAAAAAUAAAGGUAAUUUGAUUUAUAAGGUGUCUACAACAUCUUUUAAAGAUUUAGAUUUACUUACAGAUGACAAAAUAGGACUAGUAAGUAUUAUUUAUCAUGUUAGAUAUGAUGAAGGUAUUUAUUUUUUUUAUAAAUACAGUGAUCGGUUAAUAUCUCAUUAUAUUAUUCAGAAUCUAAAUUUAACUAAAGAUAAAACAUCUUCUAGUUUUUUAUAUAUGAAUUAUUUAUCAAACAAAUAUUUGUUUCAUUCACUAAAUGUAUCUGAUAAAGAUUUUAAAUACAUUCUUAAGUUUAUACCUACACUUGAUAAUAAAUACAUCAAAAUAUUAAUAAAUUUACUAAAUGACACCAAUAUGUCGUGUGUUUUAGAAAGUAAAAGAUUAUUAAAUAGUAUGCAUUGCAUAAAUCAAGAUAUAAAUUCUAUAAAAUCUCAAAUUAUAGAAUCUUUUAUAGAUAAAAUUAAUGUUAAUAAUACAUUACUUAGUAUUCUUUCCUUACAGUUUAAUUACAUGAUUGAUGAUACAAGUCUUAUACUUAUUUUAGAAUUAAUUAGAAGAUAUAUUAAAGAAUAUAAAGAGUAUAUAUUUAUUAUAUUGAGUAAGAUACAACAGAUAGUAAUAAAUAAAGAUCUGUUUAAAAAAGAGGUUUUUCAAAUAAUAAGCUUAUUUGUGAUACAGAAUAACUUUUACACCGAAGAAUGUAUUAAUAUUGUAAGAUUAAAUAUAAAUAAUUUGUCAAUAGAUUCAUUAGAUUUAUUAUUUAAAAAUAUAGACAAUGAUCUUAGAAUUGCAUAUUUUCUUGUAGAAGUUUUAAAGAUAAUAAAUAAUGAUGAUUUGAAUAAGCAAGUUAUUUUUAAAGAUUUAGAUAAUAAUACAGUGUUAAGUAGUAGACCCAACUUUUUAGCAUAUGCUUUUGACUUGGAAAUAUUUUAUAAAUAUUUAGACAAUUAUUUUCCUGUUUUAAAACAGAUUUAUUGUACUAAAGAAAACAAGAUUGCAGUGCAUGCAUUUUCUAAAUUAAUUUAUAAAAAAAAUGACCAAUCUGAAGAUAAUACAGAACAUAAUGAUAUUGUUUUUAAAUUUGUAUCUCAUGAAUCAUUUAUUAAUUCUAGUACUCGAAUGUCUUGUGUUGAAAUAUUAUCCAAGCAAAUUCUUACUAACAAGAUAUGUACAUUACUGUAUAUUUAUAAAUACGAUGACAACGGAUUAAUAAGAAAAAGAGUUAGUGAAAUUUUAAAAAAUAGAAUAGAAAAUUAUAACAUUUUAAUAAGAUCUAUUUAUAAAGAUAUUUUAAAGUAUCUUAAUUACUAUUAUUAUUACAUACCAGAUAUUUCUAAUAAUGUUAUUAAUGAAUUAAUUACUAAAUAUAUUAAUAUUUUUGAUUUAAAAUACUGUAAAAGAUACACAAAUAUAUAUCCUCUUUUACUACUACAUGGCAUAAAGAAAAAUAAACUUAUUACUGAGUGCAAAGAAUAUUUAAUGGAAAUAAAUGUGGAUAACACAUUAAUAACAGAAAUUGAUGGUAAUACGUUAAUAAAAGAAAUGGGAGACAGCGCAUUAAUAACAGAAAGUAACAUAAUAAUGCCAGGAAGUAACACAUUAAUAACAGAAAUCGGAGAUAUUUUGUUAGAGAAGGAUAAAGAAUUUAUGCUUAAAUAUUUAACAGAAAGACUACAUUGUAAUAGUGUAUUUAAAAUCAUAGAAAAUAACUAUUAUCUUGUUUAUACUUUAUUGAUGUAUAAUAACGAUCUUAUAAAUAAUUUAGAUUUAUUAAAAUUACUUAAUGAAAAUGAUAAAAAAACACUUUUUGAAUACAUUACAAAAAGUAAUAAAGAUUAUACUGAGUCAAUGGCUUAUUUAUUACAGAAUACUACAAAUAUAAAUAUUUCUGAUUGUGAUAUUGAAAUAAUUUACUUAUAUCUGUGUAACUGUAAUAGUACAGAUAUAAAUUUAUAUAAAAAAGUAUUUAAUAGAUUGAAUAAUGCAAAAUUACAAAAACUUAUAAUUAGAAGAAAUUAUAAAUAUAUUUUAGAUGUGUCAUAUAAAAAUAUUACUGAAUAUGAGAAUCUUAUUAAAAUACUUACUAGUAAAAAUAACAUACAAAGUAUUGAUAGAUUGUAUGAAAUUUAUGGUUAUGUAGAUAAUAAAAGCAAGGAAAGAAUUGUUGACUAUUUUAUUUAUAAUUUCUUAAUAUACGAACAUAGAGGAACAAUAAGAAGUAUUUUUAGUAAAAUCGAUUACAUUGGUGGGUAUAAAAAAGAUUUAAUUUUAAAUGUAAUUCUUAAUGUAGAAUAA